AUGCUGCUGCAGCUGUAUAUGGCUCAAGACCAGAAAGAACAAACACCAGCUGCAGCAGCAGCAGCAGCAGCAGCAGCAGCUGCUGCUGCUGCUGCUGCUGCUGCUGCUGCUGGGGGCGCGGGGGGAGGUGCGGCGCUUGCUGCACAACAUGGCAAUAGUCAGGAAGCUGCUAAUGCAUCGACAUCUCCUUCUGCUGUUGCUGCUGCUGCUGCUGCUGCUGCUGCUGCAACAGGAGCAGCAGGUGCAGCAGCAGCAGGAGCAGCAGCAAUGAGCCCAUGUCUUUCAGGGGUUCCUCCUUCUGAUUCCGCUGCUGCUGCUGCUGCUGCUGCUGCAGCUGCUGCUGCUGCUGGCUCCGGUGUUCCUGGUGGUGCGACAACACCAUCCGCAGCACCAGCAACAGCAGCAGCAACAGCAGCAGCAGCAGCAGCAGCAGCAGGAUAUAAAGAAGAACUGCUGCAGGUUGCUGGCGUAGGCCUCGUAGACUUUACGCUGCCUGAUGGUGUUAAAUUCGAUAAAAGUAAAUUGGCGUUUCGCUGUCUUUGGAGAGAAGGGACCGUGCGGCAGCAGCAGCAGCAGCAGCAGCAGCAGCAGCAGCAGCAACAGCAGCAGCAGCAGCAGCAGGGGAUGGCCUCUCCGAAGACCCCGGGAACGGCCGGGGUGACGACGGGGAAGUGGAUAGGGGGACCAUCACCCAGCAGCAGCAGCAGCAGCAGCAACAGCAGCAGCAGCAGCAGCAGCAGCAGCAGCAGCAGCACGAAGCAGCAAACGCUGCAGCAGCAGAACAGAAGCAAAACAUUCAGCUGCCGCAAAUAUGGCCUCUAUCAAAGCAAAAUCCUCGCCCUGCAGGCUCGCCUUGCGUCUGAGUUGCUGAUACCGCAGCCGCCAGCUCCCUCACGCAGCCGCAUCCCCGCGCUGCCUGCUGUUGUCUUUGGUUUGCUGCCGCUGCCGGAAGCCACCGACUCUGUGCUGCGGGCUGUUGAGGGUGUAGCUUUGUCUCCUUCUUCUCUGCUGCUGCGGAAGCAGCGGUGGCUGCUGCUGCUGCAGCAGGGGGGAUGGAGAGGGGGAUGUCCUCAUCAUCUUCAUGCUGAUGCUGCUGCUAAUCCUAAUGCUGCUGCUGCUGCUGCUGCUGCUACGGCUGCUGCUGCUGCUGCUGCUGAUCCUGCUGCUGCACCUGCAGCAGCAGAUGUAUUUGCUGCUGAUGCUGCAGCAGCAAUCACGAGAAACAGCAGCAAAAGAAAAAGACAUACGCAUGCACCAAGUAAAACAACAGCAGCAACAAACAGCAGCAACCAUCACCACCAUCACCACCAUCACCACCCCCACCAGCAGCAGCAGCAACACCAGCAGCAGCAGCAGCAGCAGCAGCAGCAGCAGCAGGAAACUGCAUUAGGUUCUAAUCAGCAGCAGCAGCAGCAGCAGCAGCAGGAGCAGGAGGUCCAGCAUCAGGAGCAGCAGCAGCAGCAGGACCAGCAGCAGCAGCAGGAACAACAGCAGGAGGACCACCAACAGCAGCAACUGCUGCUUCUAUUGCUGCUCUAG